GAAAAAAUGUAAAUGAGCUUACACAAUAAUCUGGAGAGAGAACAACUAACCUAACUCGUUGCUAAAAACUGUCGUCCUUUCCACUUCCUUCCUCCAUACCCGGAGCUUUAAAUAUUAGCCUCCCGUCACUGUUUCUCGGUUGACGCCAAUAUUUUUCUAACUUUUAAUUUUCUUCCCCCUUUAUUCGAUCCCCUUCUCUCUCUUUGGAUUGAUGGGACAAAAAGAAAGCUUUUCAAAAUCCACGCGUGCUUUCCCAACACUAAAACUCACGCAUUCUCCAACCCCAAAACCCUAGCUCUUCUUUCCCUUUCCGCGUUUCUUUUAGAUUCUGCUUCCAUGCUUUGAAUCCUUUGAUUUUUCUUCACUUUGCUGUUAUACUUAUGGAAGACAAAGAGGGGGGCAAGCCAGGAACUGCGUUUACAUCCGAGUCGAGCUGGACAUUUUCUGGGGGAGGACCUGACUCAGUCUCCAGCAGCGUUAAUUACUUCUUCGACAAGGACAGUAGUAUACUGAGCGAGUUUGGUUGGGAUCUACAACCGGACCAUGCCGAUGACUUUGGACGGUUCGCUGAAAUCGACCGGACUGACUCCGCCAGGCCUGAAUUGGUGGGAAACUUGAGCGCCUCUCAAAGCUGUGCUGCAGCUGAUAUUGUUGUUCGUUGUUCGGUUUCGGGGACGGCUUCGAAUCCGGGUGGGUCAGCUGAUGUGUCGACAUCGAAUCCGUCGGUGUCGUCGAGCUCCAGUGAGGAUCUGCCGGAGAAAUCUACGGGCUCCGGCGGAAAACCGCCCGAGAUACCGAGUAAGGUGAGGAAGAAGGGGCAAAAGCAAAUACGGCAGCCACGUUUUGCAUUUAUGACCAAGAGUGAGGUUGAUCAUCUUGAAGAUGGCUAUCGAUGGCGGAAAUAUGGACAAAAAGCUGUCAAAAACAGUCCAUUUCCUAGGAGCUAUUAUCGCUGUACAAAUAGCAAAUGCACAGUGAAGAAGAGGGUAGAACGCUCUUCUGAAGAUCCUGCCAUUGUUAUCACUACAUAUGAAGGUCAACACUGUCAUCACGGUAUCGCAUUCCCCAGAGGUGGACUCAUCUGCCAUGAAGCUGCGUUUGCUGGUCAAUUGACACCGCCAGUCUCACAAAUUUAUCAUCCAGGGGUGCAGUCACAUAGGCAAAUGCCUCCGAGCAUAACACAAUUACAGCCGCACCAAGCACCCGUUGACGUAGGAGAACCACAUCCGGAGCCUGAACCCACCUCACAGCUCCCCACAGAUGAAGGGUUACUCGGUGAUAUUGUGCCUCCUGGAAUGCGUGGCAGAUGAGAAAGAGAAUAUGGCCUGUAAUUGAUGGGUAUCAACUGAAGGGCAGCCAAGUCAUGCAACACAAUACUUUUCUCAAGAUGGAAGUGAGUCAUUUACCUGAAAAGGUUCACACAGAUGAUUAUAUCAUAAAUUAUUAUUAUAUUUACUUACACAAGCUCAGCUAUAAUGCUUGCGUGAGGUCAUUAAUCUCUUAUGGUGCCCAUAUUUUAUCUAAUUUCAACCCUUCAAUUCUAAUCUAUGCAUCUGAAUAUUGAAAUUCCUGUUGGUUAGGUUUAGGAGAUUAAUUACUGCAGAUCAUAUAAAAUUAGUAGUAACAUUACUUGUUAUUUUUCUUAUGUAUAAAUUCAAAGAAAAUGUGGGAAAAGAACCGAAUGUUGGAACUGUUCUGCAGUUGGGAGGAGUUGUUUACAUCUUCAUGGUUGUUUACGUGACUGUGAAGUGGUGGAAUCGAUGAUUUAGCAGUAUAAUAUAGAAUAAAGGGGACUUGUUCUUGCUUUUUUAUCUCAUAGUUGCUGCAGAGUUUGACAGUCAGCUGACAUUGCUUUCCUUGCCAAUCCUUACUUUAUGUUUUAGAUUUGUUUUUUGGGUAAUCUUCAUGUAUUAGAUAUUAGUUAUUAUACCAAGUCAAUAUCUAAUAUUUUUAUUGUAUAUGCAUUCAACCAAAACAAAAGAGAUUGUAUAUAAAUUGGUAUGGAUCAAUUGAAUCA